AUGGCCUCAACCCCAACCCCACCCCAAACGCCAUACCUCGCGCUCCUCGCCGAGCUCGCCAACGUCCCAAUAACCGAAGCCAUCACGCCCCCGGACCUCACGACGCAGGCGCUCAGCCUGCCGCCGUUUGUGUCGCCCGAGACGGUCCCCGGCGCAUUCAACCUGCGGGACGUGGGCGGUCUGGUACCGAGACUCAUCGCGCCGGGAAGAGUGUACCGCAGCGGUGCACCGGACACGAUCACGCCGGAGGGGCGCGUGGCGCUGCGCUCGCAGCUGGGGAUCCGGUGCGUAUACGACCUGCGGCGCCGCGACGAGCUCGGCCAGGCCUCGUCCCCCUCUGACGACGACGGCGGCCCCGAGAGGAUCCACUGCCCGUUCAAUAUGAAUGUAGAGGGCGGGCCGCCGGUGCCGAUGCCGGCGGUGAUCACCACGUUCGCGCCGCUCGCGGACGGGUCGCCGGGUCCCGGCUACGUCACAAUGCACGACGAGAUCAUGGGCGGGUACAAGGCUGGGUACCGCAAGGUGUUUGAGGGCAUCCGCGACUCGGCUGAUGGCCAGGCCGUCUUGUUCCACUGCACCGCUGGACGGGACCGUACGGGUUUGCUAGCGGCGAUGAUCCUGGAGCUGAUGGGCGCGGACGCGGCAACGAUCGGGUUCGAUUACUCGCUGUCACGUAUCGGCCUCGAGCCGUUCCGCAAGACGAUGAUGCCGAAGGCCAUCAUGAACUUCGUUCCUGAGGCGGUCAGGGGGUUCCUGAAGGCUGGCACGCUGCCGCCGGGGCUGAAGGAGUUCUUCACGACGGACCCGCAGACCAUGAUCCGCUUCGUCGAGCGCUUCCGCCAGCAGUACGGCGGCACCGAGGGCUAUCUCCAGCAGAUUUUGGGGUUUGAUGAAAAUGACAUCAAGACCAUCAGACGGCGAUUGGCUCCUGUGGCAUGA